AUGCUACCAUCUGAGGAAGCAGUUACCACCAUCUUUCCCAACCCUCUGCAGCAGAAGUUGCAACCAGCAGACCCCGCCCCUACGAAGCGCCAACCCUUUCCAGCAUGGAGCGCGAUUGAAGAAACCAAGAAAGCUACCAACGCCGUAGCCUCCGAAGCAGCCCGGGAGUUUGACCUCGCCAGCCAAAAAGCGCAGUCGAAGACUGGUCAUAUUGAGCCAUGGAGUGGGAAAUAUUAUGCGGCGUGUACGUUUGGUGGAUUGUUGGCUUGCGGCUUGACACAUACCGCCGUGACGCCGUUGGAUUUGAUCAAGUGUCGGCGACAGGUUGAUGCGAAGCUGUACAAGAGUAACUUGGAGGCAUUCAGCAAGAUUCGUGCAGCGGAAGGGAUGAGGGGUGUGUUUACGGGUUGGAGUCCGACGUUCUUUGGAUAUAGCGCUCAAGGUGCUUUCAAAUAUGGCGGAUACGAAUACUUCAAGAAGUUCUACAGUGACCUCGUCGGUCCCGAGAAAGCUGCGAAGUGGAAGACAUCGUUAUACUUGACGGCUAGUGCAUCAGCUGAAUUGAUCGCGGAUGUUGCGCUGUGUCCAUUCGAAGCUGUCAAGGUGCGCACGCAAACGACGAUUCCACCGGACAUUCGUGGAACCUUUACCGGACUAGCAAAUGUCAUUUCGAAAGAGGGUUACGGCGGGUAUUCAAACUAUACUAACAAAACCAGUCUGUACAAGGGUCUGUACCCCCUCUGGGGCCGCCAAAUCCCCUACACCAUGAUGAAGUUCGCCUCUUUCGAAACCAUCGUCGAGAAGAUCUACUCCUACCUCCCGGGCCAGAAAUCCGACUACAACAAAGGCGCACAAACCGCAGUCGCAUUUGGCGGUGGUUACCUAGCUGGCAUUCUCUGCGCGGUGAUCUCGCACCCAGCGGAUGUGAUGGUGAGUAAGUUGAACGCGGGUCGGAAGCCGGGCGAGGCAUUUGGCGCUGCAAUUGGUCGAAUCUACAAGGACAUCGGAUUUGGAGGCUUGUGGAAUGGAUUGUUUGUGAGGAUUGUUAUGGUUGGAACCUUGACCGGCCUGCAAUGGAUGAUCUACGACUCAUUCAAAAUCUUCAUGGGCCUCCCGACGACCGGCGGCGGCCAAGAAAAGCAGACAAAAUAGACAUCGUAUAAAAGGCACAGUUGUAGUUAGUCGAUACAUUCAUGUCACUUUCAAUCUCAAGUAGGGAUAAACACUCCCG